AUGGAAAUUCAUUAUUAAACACCUUUUGCACCAUUUUAACAUUAGGUGGAACCCUUUCUAUCAAAAAAAUAUACUGACAUGUACAUUCUCUAUGAAUUGACGUGUGAAUGGCCCUUAGUUUAUAUCUAAUUAAUUAAACAUAAGCUUAAUAAUAUUAUUUUUAAGAUAUUACUAUACAAAAUGCAAUAGUGCUGUUGUAUUUCAACUUAGGAUGAGAAUGAAAACCUCUCAUCUGGCUUGAGUUGGUAUAAUUUUGAUCUAACUUUAAAUAGCGAUUAGGAAGAAUGUGAAAAUAAAGAAAAAAUCGAAAAUAAGAGCAAAAAUAAAAUCUCAUUUAUUGUUAAAGUCAAGACAGAAGUAAUAACAAUUGCGAUAAUUUUAGAUCUGUAAAUAUUGGGCAAUAGAAGAUUAUUGUCCUUAUGGAUAAUAAGUAUAUAGAAAAAUAUAUAAAUAGUGUGCAUUCGCUCAUGGCAAACAUGAAAUAAGAUAGAAAGUACAUGUGCCUCACAAUUACAAGACUUAGAUUUGCAAGAAUUAUAUCACUAGUGGGUAAAACAUUGAGUCUAAUCAAGUUAUUGUUGUUAUGGGGAAAGAUGCUAAUUUAAACAUCCUGAAAAAAAAGGAAACCAACUUCCUUGUAUACCCUACUAAAAUCUCCUAAAUAAUAUGGGAAACAUAUUUUUUAAGCAGAAGUAAGAGGAUUGUUCUAUAUUCCUAGACUUAUUAAAAAUUAAAAACGCAGUAAAGGUUUGCCUUAUAAACUUUGA